GCAAAAACAGAAUCUUAAAAAACAGAGAAUUCUCAGUGGCCUAGCUUGAUAGUUGAGAGUUUCAGCUGCAGAUCUGCAUCCGUGUUUAUGAAGCAAACAAUUCAGUCCCACGGGGCUUAUGGAUCUACAUUGAAGGAAACCUAUGAUUGGUCUCUUGGAGAUGGUGAACGUAUCACUAAAGUAAUAAUUAGACAUGGUGACAUUGUUGAUGCAAUUGGGUUCGUGAUAGCUAAGCCAGACGAGAGUGAUAACUCUCCAAGGUUGUUUGGUGGUGAGGGUGGAGAACUAGACGAGAUUGUGCUACAAGAAGGUGAGUAUAUGACAAGAAUUAGUGGAAAAUAUGCCUAUGAUAGAAGCCGCAACCAAGAUGAAAUCGCCGCACUAAAGAUACACACUAAUUUAUGUUUGAAGGGAUACGGACCAUAUGGAAAAGGGUUUGAAGUUGAAACUGCUUCGGACUUUUCAUCACCAAUAUUAUUUGAUAGCCAAAUUGUAGGAUUUUUUGGAAGGCACAAUAAUGUUCUCCAAUCCAUAGGGAUUCUCUUGAAAAAGGUACACGCAAUUGAACCCUACGGACCUUAUGGUUCAACAUUGCCCAAAAAUGAUGAUCGUUUGCUACUUGACGAAGGUCAGCGUAUUCUCGAGUUAAUAAUAAGGCAUGGAAACAUUGUUGACGCAAUUGGGUUUAAAAUAGUUAAGCGAGACGGGAACAUAACCACUAAAGAGUUUGGCGGAAGAGGCGGAAAAGAAUCUAAGAUUUUGCUACAAGAUGGUGAGUACGUAACAAGGAUAAGUGGUAAAUAUGGCUGUGAUGAAGGUCGAAACCAAGAAGGGAUCUUCUCAUUGAUAAUACAUACUAAUUUAUGUUUAAUGGGAUAUGGACCAUUUGGAGAAGGAUCUAACAUGAAAAAUACUUCUAAUUUUUCAUCACCAACAUUAAUUGACCAUCAUAUUGUAGGAUUCUUUGCAAGACAUCAUAAUUUCCUCGAAUCCAUAGGGGUUUUCUUACAAAAGGACCAAUCGAUUGAAUCGCACGGUCCUUAUGGUUCUAAUUUAAUAGAAAACUACAUCUUUCUGCUUGGAGAAGAUGAACGUAUUACUAAAGUACUAAUAAGAUGUGGGUACAUUGUUGAUGCAAUAAGUUUCGAGAUUGCUAAGCGAGAUGGUGAACGUUUUACAACUGAAGUGUUCGGUGGCGAUGGCGGAAAUUUUACACAGAUUGAGCUACAAGAUGGAGAGUAUAUAACAAGAAUUAGUGGGAAAUAUGGGUACAAUGCAAGUCGGAACCAAGAAAACAUUGCCUUUUUGAAAGUAUACACCAAUUUAUGUUCAAAGGGAUAUGGAGAAUAUGGAGAAGGGCGAGACAUUGUAAAUGCUAAUGAAUUUUCAUCGCCAGUGUCAAUUGACAAUCGUAUAGUAGGGUUUUAUGGAAGGAGCAGUAAAUUUUUAGAAUCCAUUGGAAUUCUCACACAAAAGAAAAAAGAAACGGAGCGGUAUGGGCCUUAUGGUUCACAAUUACCACCAAAUUAUAGAUUAGUGGUUGAAGAUAGUGAAGUCAUCAGAGAGGUAAUAAUAACUUAUGUAGAAGAUGUUAAUCCAAUCGGGUUUGUGAUUGAUAAAAGAAGCAUGAAUAAGACCCUAAAGAUCAAUUUUAGUGGAAACGGUGGAAAAGAAUCUGAGAUAAUUGUACUAAAGAAUGGUGAGUACUUGAUAAAAAUCAGUGGAAAAUAUGACGAGAAGAAUCGCAAUGUUGCCACUCUUAUGCUACAUACUAAUAUUUGUCCGAAGGGAUACGGACCAUUUGGACGACAACGAGAUGUUGAUAGUUUAAAUUCAUUUUCAUCACCACUCAUACCUAACAGCUUUAUUUUUGGAGUUUUUGGAAGAUACAAUAAUUGUCAGCUUGAAUCUAUUGGAGUUAUCAUAAAAAAGUGGAAAUUGAUUGAAUCAUAUGGAUCAUAUGGUUCUAAGCUACCAAAUAACUUUUGCUUGCAACUUGAAGAUGGUGAACGUAUCUCUAAAAUCAAAUUAACACACAGUUUGACUGUGAACUCUAUUGGGUUCGAGAUAGCAAAGCCAGGGAAGAGAGCCACCUAUGCAAAUUUUGGUGGUUGUGGUGAGGCACAAAAUGAGGUUCUCAGUUCUAGGGCUGAUCCUGACUUUUUUGGGGAUCUGCGCGAGACCAUAACACUUAAGAAUGAAGAGUACCUAAUCAGAAUUAGUGGUACUUAUGGAUAUGAUAGAAGUAGAAAGCACGAUGUAAUUGCCUGCCUUAAGAUACACACCAAUUUACGUCCAACAGGGUACGGCCCAUUUGGAGAAGGCUUGCAUGAUAAAACUGCAUAUGAAUUUACUUCACCACACCUAACUAAUGGCCCCAUUGUUGGAGUUUUUGGGAGGAUCACUAACCGUCUCGAAUCCAUUGGAGUUCUCUCGAAAAAGGGACGAGUGAUCGACUCAUAUGGACCCUACGGAUCUAAUUUAGAACAAAACUAUUGCGUGAAAGCUAAUGAUGGUGAACGUAUCACUGAAGUAAGAAUAAGACGUGGAAAUGCUAUAAAUGCAAUAGUGUUCGUUAUCGAGAACUCUCGCGAGUAUUCUACCAGUAAUGAAAAGAUCGAUGGCGAUGAGCAAAAGAUUAUACUACGUGAUGAUGAAUAUUUGACAAGAAUUAGUGGAACGUACAAAAAUCACGGCAUUGAAUGCGUUAUUGCGACAUUGAGGAUACACACCAAUUUAUGUUGUAAAGCAUUUGGAGACGUAGGAAGAUGUGUUGAUAAUGUUCAUGAAUUUUCGUCUCCAAUCCUAAAUCACGGCCCUAUAAUUGGAAUUUUUGGAAGGAGCAACGACACACAUGUUGAAUCCAUUGGAGUGCUAUUGAAAAGGGAGAUCAAAUUUACUAGUCACACUUAUGAGGAAGAGCAUGAAUCGUCAAGCUAGAACCAGUGAUCAAAAAGAAGAUUUGGAUCUUAUUUAGUUGCAGAGCAAAUUGUACUAUUCACGAAAGAUCACCAAAAAAAAAGGAAAACAAAAGAAAAAUAAGGAGAUUGUAGCUAUAAAAUAAAUGAUCAUGGACAUAAAUUCUCAAUUAUGUCAUUAAAAUAAUUUUUUUAUUUUCUGUUUUUUUAAUAUUAUGUUUUGUUUAAUUUAUUAAGUUGUAAUAAAAAGUCAUUUAUA